CAGGCCGAGCCAGCGCCAGUCUCGCCUGCGUGACGCCGCCACACACACUCUCACACAGCUGAUCUCGGGAGCUGCUACUGCUACUACUGCUGCUCGUCAGGUCGCAGAGCGGGAAGCCGGACGGCAGGGAUACAGCAAAUGCAAGAAGACAAGAGAGUGAAGGAAAGUUUAAGGGAAGGAGAAAGGAGGAGCAAAGUGAAGUUUUGAAGGAGCAAAAAGGGCAACAUGACAGGUACAGUGUCGUAAAACUUGCACAGAGGAAUGUGGAUCGAUGAGUGGAGGCGCUUUUAACAAACCCUGAAUGGGAACGCUGGAAAGUUAGAGGUCAGUGGCAGUGACGCAAGAAAAAUUACUCGGGAAUCAUUCUGGAAAAGUUGAUGUACACUGAAGGCUGCUUUGGCUGGACAAGAAACUCCAAGGACGCAAUUUUUUUCAUGACACCUGAUAGAUUCCUGUCUUUGUCCCAGCAAGUCAAGACCUACUAUUAUCUAAAAGCUACUCAACUGUAACCUGGACUUUCUGGACACAGCAAGACCCCCUUUUUGGUGUCAACAUGAUUCAUAACACACUCAAGUCUACCCCGCCGCUGGAGCGCAGCCCCAGGAGCACACACUCAGCCGCUCAGAGGAGGCUGUGGAGAUACUCAGGCAACAGAGCGGCCAGCCAGGUGGAGAAUCACCGCCGCAGUGUGUGUGUGCUAGCUGCAGACCUGAACGGGGAGGGAGGAGGAGGAAGAGGAGGAGGAAGCGGUGGAGGUGUGAUGCACACUAUCCACGGGCUGUGCCACCUCUGCAUCGGAUGUAGGCUGCCUCAGGUGACCAUCCUUCGAGGAAAGGAUGGAUAUGGCUUCACCAUCUGCUCGGACUCCCCUGUGAGGGUGCAGGCUGUCGAUCCAGGGGGUCCGGCGGAUCAGGCAGGUCUGCAGCAGUUGGACACUCUCCUGCAGUUGAACGGUCAGCCGGUGGAGCAGUGGAAAUGUGUGGACUUAGCCCAUGCUAUCAGAAACAGUGCUAAUGAAAUCACAGUGGUCGUCUGGCGCACGGGCCCCUCAGCUAAGCCUAACUUUGAGGGCCUCAUCCACCGUCCCUCCUACAAGCCCUCCACCUCAAACUACGAUGCCCCCUCGCCUCCUACCCGAAGGCGUGCACCUGACCUCGGCAACAGCAAAACACCCCCAGCUGUGCCGCCUCUCCCCGCUCACCAUCGUGCCACCGCCGCCCGCAGGCUGCUGGUCAAUGGCUCUGACGCCGGGAACAGUGGCGGCCUAGGCUUAGGGACCCUCGCAUGGGGGGCCCAGGGAGGCUCAGCAGAAGAGCUGGACGGGAAACCGCGACUCCUCCACCACCCUCACACUGCCACGCUGAAGGGCACCAGGGUGAAGGCGUCCAACGGGGACAACUACAUCAUCCUGGCCCCCAUCAAUCCCGGAAGCCAGAUCUUGCGGCCUGUUUAUCAAGACAACCAGGGGACGUUAGCUGCCCGGUUAUACCCAACACGACAGACGCCUGGUCAGCAGUCCCAGGGUGGAGGUGGGGCUGCUUUCUCUGGAGGUGUGACCGGUGGUGGAGGUGGCGGCGGUGGCGGUGGAGGUGGAGUUGGUUUCUCCAACCGUACGGGCUUCCUACGGCGGUCCAACAACUCCAAGACAACCAAAACUGCUUCCACCUCCACUAACGCUGGCGCACCAAACUACCAACAGCAGAAUGCCAACUUCGCCAACUACCAGAACUGUACGAUUGUGCGCUCGCACACCUCACAUGCCAACUAUGGAUACGUUAAAGUGGCACCUAAAAUACUUAUCUUCCCCAUCUUUGUUCAGCCUCUUGACCUGUGCAGCCGAGCUCUCAUCAUAUCUGAGGAGAUGAUACUACAUGAGAGCAAGCAUCACUCUCUCAAGGUCACAGUGUUUGUCUACAGCGACCUGAUGUUGGUGACCAGAGAGGAUGAGCCAGGCAGGUGUAACGUCCUCCAGAGUCCCCUGUACCUCCGACAGCUGAGGCUUCAGGAUGAUUACGCAGAAGAGCUGAGAUUCUACUUGAUUCACAUGACUGAGAAGUGUGACUGUCUGCUCAGCCUGGAAGCCUAUUCUGCAGACCAGAAGCGCCGAGUGUGUCAGUGCCUGAAGGACAACAUUGACAAGCAGCUCCAGCUUCACAGGAGGGAGCCUCCCGUUCCGCAUUUUGAACAGAUGUUGGAGCCUAAGGUGGAUGCCCCUUCAUGUGAGCUGGGCGGAGUAGCGGGAGACCGCGGAGGUGUGUGCCUCCACCUGCCUCCUCGCAGCUCUGAGGGUGAGGAGAGCAGCCUGUAUCCCUCCAGCCCAUCAGAGCCACCAACCAUUGGCAGUCCUCACCCGUCUGAGUCUCUCACCCCUUUGGAUGACAUCUACAUGCCACUUGGGGGUCUCAUGGGGUCCGAAGAGCGGCACAAGGUGCCUCCAACGCCGCCUCCCUCCACCGAGGGGGAGGACUGCAAGAGCAUUGAGGGUAAUGAGAUGGAGAUCUGGAGAGAGGGGAAGGAAGAUGAGAGCAGGAAGGAGGAAGAUGAAGGGGAGGAUGGAAGAAGCAGGAAAAGUCCAGGAAGUGAGGGGGAGGAGAAAGAGGAUGGAGAUGAGGAGGAUGGCGAGAAGAACGAAGAGGAGGUGAACGUGAACCUGGUGGUGUCAAACACAGACGAAGACAACGCCUCAGAGCCACCAGACACCAACGCUCCCCCUUCCUCCUCCUCGUCUUCAUUCGUCAUCCCAGAGUUGCGCCUCGAUCGCUCCUUCAGCGCCGAUGCCCUCUCUUCACCUAACACUGACGAUGAAGACUAUGACGAAGACGAAGAGGAAGAAUCGGAAGAGGAGGAGGAUGACGACGAAGACGACAGCGACGAUGCCUACCUGCAGCGUAGCGACAGCAAGCGGCGCAGCAUGGUGGAGGGGGCCACCUGUGAGAAACACGGAGGAGGCGGGCUCAGCGUGCAGAACUCCCUCCGCAGGCGCACGCACAGCGAAGGGAGCCUGCUGCAGGACCCCCGUACGCCAUGCUUCACCUCUGACAACGCCAUCAACUGCCUGGAGGCGGCGGGAGGGCACAAGGGCGGGUGGACGCUCCCAUCACCUAAGACCCUGAAGAAAGAGCUGACCAAGAACGGAGGCUCCAUGCACCAGCUAUGUAUGCUGUUCUCUGGGAGGAAGCUGAGCUCCGGAUCCCCCUGUAGCUGUGAGGUUGGCUCUGACGGGACAAAGAAGAAGAAAUCCAAGAACCUGGCCAAAGACAUGAAGAAUCGGCUGGCGUUCCUGCGGAGGAGGAAUGAAUCCCCAGGAAGCAACCCAGCUGGCAAGCUGGACAAAUCUAUGAAGUCAGUCAAGCCCACCCCGGAGGAAGCGCUCAAAUGGGGGGACUCGCUGGACAAGCUGCUGGCACACAAAUAUGGUCUGGCAGCAUUCAGAGCAUUUCUGCGCACAGAAUUCAGCGAAGAGAAUCUGGAAUUCUGGCUAGCAUGCGAAGAAUACAAGAAGAUCAAGUCGCAGUCCAAGAUGGCGUCGAAAGCCAAGAAAAUCUUUGCAGAAUACAUCGCUAUCCAGUCUUGUAAAGAGGUCAAUCUGGAUUCAUACACCAGAGAUCACACGAAGGACAACCUGCAGAAUGUGACGCGCUCCUGCUUUGACCUAGCGCAGAGGCGGAUAUACGGGCUGAUGGAGAAGGACUCAUACCCCCGCUUCCUGCGCUCAGAACUCUACUCGGACUUAAUCAACCAAAAAAAGCAGAGCUCCACUCCGACGUCCUCUUCAUCAUAAGAGACAAGACAAAGAUGAUGACGAGGAAAAAAGUAGACUGUUUGGGGGGGAUGUGAGGGUCUGUGUUUGCCUUUUUUUUUUUUUUUUUUUUACUUUUUUGUGUCUUGUCCUCAUGUCCACUAUGAUUUUUUUUAUUUUAUGAUGUGAAAGGACAAGAAAAGCUAUGGCACUGCAAGGAAUGUGGUUUACAGUUACCAGGUGGAUGGAUGAAUGAGUGGAUUCAUGAAUGGAUGCAUGGAUGUUACUAAAAAUACACACGCCCACAUGAGAGGGCCGGAGCAGGAGCAGGACGCUUAUCUGAUCACUGUCUCGUUUGUUGUGUGUUUUUUUUUUUAAGUUUUGUCCAGUUGUACUGGAGAAAAGGAGGGGUUGUUUGAAAACCCCGCAGACAUGAAGACAGUCCGGUACUGUUUUGUCACUUUUUUCCCCUUAAUUCCCUCCCCUCCUUUCCUCCACCUUGUUCUCUGUGAAGCCACUUCAAAGCUCCUGGUACGACGCCAAGUCCUUUUUCUUCUUCCUGUAGCUUUUUUCUGUAUGACUGAGCGGGGAAAACACAAGAUGUCUGAAUGAAAGCUAGGCUCUGUUAACACCUCCACCUUCACAAGGCUUCAAAUCAGCUCAUCCCAAGACUGCGGAAAGAUACCGUGAGCGAGGGCAAAGAUGGAGGCAGAGAUGCGCAAAAGCAUGAAGGACUGUGAUGGUGUCACUCUCACAUUAAAAGACUCACAAAUGGAACAAAAAGACGACCUGCUUCCUGUCUCCAAAGACUGUUUACAACAAGGAACAAGAAGAAGGAGAAUCCACGCAGCCAAACGACAUUUCCUUUAACAUUGUAGCUCAUUGAGGACUAACAGAGGAAGCAUUCUCAGGACAUUGCUAUGACAGAUUCACCUUUAUCUCAGCUCUUCUUUGUUUUUCUACACUCUCACUGUUUUUAUAUGCGUUAGGGUUCCUACUGCACUCCCUAGACCUACUGAGCAACACACCAGAAGUUGCUCAAUGCUUCACAUUGUACAAAAGUUUGCCUAUUUAUUUAGCUGGAUGCUUCUACAGACACCCUCACCUCCUCUUAAGCACUCAGCUAAAAGCUCUCACUUUCUCCUCUUAACCACCAAACAGGUCCAAUGCUGUCCUGAACUUUAAGUGCAAUAUUUUUUUUAUUUUUAUUUUAUUAUUGUUUGUUCAUUUAUUUGGAUAAUUUUUGAAUUUUUAUGGGAAAGACGAACAGCUUGAGCUCUGUAUUAACUUUAUUUGUUAAGAGACAUAAAAAAAGACAAACGUAGAGCUAUAAGGUUGACUUACAAACUCUCAAGAAACAUAAGUAGUUAAAUGAAUUUUAAGCAAGUGAUUCUAACUGUGUGUUAACCCCCUGGCAGCAGGCAGCUGGGGGCAUUAUGGUUGUAAAUAUAAUUCUUUAAGAAAACUAUGUGAUAACACAUUAAAAAGAAACAAAAACAAAAUACAAAUAGGUCUCUGCUGGUGAUGACUGUGGAGCCCAGCUGUAUCUAUGUAAAUAUGAGAGACUCAAAACUAUAAGAUGACAUGUAUUGUUAAAAAAAAAAUAACAAUAGAUGAGCAAGAGCAGGUCCCAUCUGCUCUUUUCUCCUGGUCAUACACUGCUUGUAAGGAGUUUCUGAAAUGCAUUUUAUCAUUUUCACUGUUUACAAUUCAAAAUGCAUCUCUCCUCUGAUAGCAAGUGAAAACAGUAGAGUACAUUUGGUGUCAUUGCUAAUGAUAAAUAAACCAACCAACUGAUGAA